GUUCACAGGCACAUUAGCUGCCGGCCGGGCGCGCGUCUGGAGGCGCCGGCCUCGGGGAAUGACGGCCCUCCUCCUGCGCCCCGCGCUCGGCUGCCAUUUCUUUACGUCUUUGCGCCGCUUAGCGCUUAAAGACGCACGAAGCAAGCAGCCAGGGGCGGCAAGACUCUUGGGGCCAGGCCCGCCCCUCGGCCCCACCCGGCUCGUGACACCCCAGCCGCUGUCCAGCGCCAGCACAGCGUGCCCCGAAGCCAAAGUAACCGCCGUCUCCCCCAGCAAGCGGGCCCGGCCUGCAGAGGAGGGCGGCUUGCGGCUCCGCUUUGUCCGGCUCUCGGAGCACGCCACGGCCCCGACCCGAGGGUCCAAGCGGGCCGCGGGCUAUGACCUGUACAGUGCCUAUGAUUAUAUAGUACCACCUAUGGAGAAAGCCCUUGUGAAAACAGACAUUCAGAUAGCUCUUCCUUCUGGGUGCUAUGGAAGAAUAGCUCCACGUUCUGGCUUGGCUGCAAAACACUUCAUAGAUGUAGGAGCUGGUGUCAUAGAUGAAGAUUACAGAGGAAAUGUUGGUGUUGUGCUAUUUAAUUUUGGCAAAGAAAAGUUUGAAGUAAAAAAGGGUGAUCGAAUAGCACAACUCAUUUGUGAACGGAUUUUUUAUCCAGAUAUAGAAGAAGUUCAAGUGUUGAAUGACACUGAAAGGGGUUCAGGAGGUUUUGGUUCUACUGGACAGAAUUAAAAUUUAGGUCAAGUAUAGAAAAUGAAAAUGUUACUUUUUUCUUAAAACUAAAGACUUUCCUGCUUAAAGUGUGUUAGCAUUUUGCAUGUUUGUAAAGUUAGGUUUAGCUUCUAAAAGUGUAUUUUCUUAUGCUAAAGAGUUCCUUUGUUAGUGUAUUUUCUGCAGUUUAUGGUUAUGUGUAAAUCUGCUUUGUGGUGAUCUAAUUCAAAAUUUUUUUAAAAACCAAAUAUAUGUACACCAAUUUCAGAUUUUUUUUUUUUUUAAUAUUAAAAGUAUAUGUGAAGAUAAGAAGAGAAUUCUCAGUUCUCAGUUUAGGUAGUCUCUGGGUUGACUGGGCAGAGGUUUAUAAAAUGGCCAUGGGUUGACUGGAUUUAUGUUUGUAAAGUGAAAUAUCACUUGAGAAUUUAUAGUUGAUUUGUUCCUCUGAAUUUCAUCCUAUUAAGCAAAUUUUGCUAGUUGUAUUGCUGAGUUUCUUUCACUAAAGUAGCUGUAUUUAAGAAAAUAUGCAAUUUAAUAGGUAUAAAAUAAAUGUGUAGGUGUACAUACUUGGGUCACUGGGUUUUUCUAUUUCAAGUACAUAACUUGAGUAAAUAUAUAUAAGCAUUUCACUGAGAUAUAAGGCUGAUCAUGUGAAUUAGCAUAACUUGUAACUUUCUGUUAGUGUACCUUCCUUCGUGUAUUUCUCAGACUUCUUUGCACCAACAUUUUGGAUGUCGCUUAAAUUUUGUUGAUCAGAUACUAUGAGAUUCCUCAAGCAUUGUUGGAGGGUGUGGGUCAUACAGAUUGAGUACUUCUGGAGUGACCACAAUUUUGGGAACUUGGUUCCUGGAAGCAUAAGACAGAGAACGUUUCUUUGGCUCUUUUGGUGGUUUUAAGUCCAUUUAAUACCCUGCAAUGUAAUUUUUCAUCUGUGGGUCAUAAUUAAUUCUUUGAGACAUAGACAGCAUUCAAAAAAAUUGUAUAGAUAGAGGACAACAUGUGUUGGGUAAAUAUCAUGAUCGUUUGAAUUACAUAUUUACAUGAACAUGUAUUUGAAUUAUUUGAGUCAAUAAAAUUUAGAUAAAUCCUUUUCUGCUGAA